AUGACCAGCCUUUCAAAGUACUUCAUGGCUACCGACGUGAAUGCUAAGGGACGGUACCUGAUAGAGCUGAAUGGACAGGAAUCCAGUGAUAUCGUCAACCAGUGGCUGGAAUGGGAAGCUACAGAACUACAGCCUGCAGUGAUGCAGGCACUCCACAUGGUGGUGCUGCAGGGAAAAGGAGCAGAAACCAUUAGGGUUCUACAGGGACCUCUCAGCUACCUGGACCAGAGUCUGAGCAAGAGGACCACGCUGUUCCUCACUGCUGAGAUGGUUUCUGUGGCAGAUGUGGUUCUGUGGGCAGCUCUCUACCCUAUCCUGUCUGACAGCAGUCUGGUAUCAGGUAAUCAGACGCUGCAGCUCUGGUUUGAGCGUGUGGGCAUGUUGGCAGCCUGUGUGUCUGCAUCCCAGACUGCACUUCAGGGGAAGGGACUGAAGGCGGAGUCUCUGAAGACCUACCUGCAGAGACAGCCAACCACCACACACCAUGGUCAGGGACAGGUUCAGGGUAGAGGCACACAGCCAUGCAACAGCCCUGAGGUAAAAAAAAUUUAUACAUUUUAGUGUUUUGUUUUAACAUCAAU